AUGAGGUCUCCAUCUGUGUUUUCUCUCCUCCUUCUUGCUCCUUGCCUUGCGAUAGCCCAGUCGUCCACCGCGAGCAGCGUUGCCGCGCAGUUCACUGUCCCAGCAAGUGCUGACGACGGCGUCACCCUUCUCCCCAACGUCGCUGACCCUACUGCGCCCAAUGCCCAAGUGAAAUGUCCGGGCUAUACCGCCUCAAAAGUGAGCACGUCUUCAAUUGGACUGGCCGCUCAUUUAACCCUGGCCGGAGCUGCCUGCAAUGUCUAUGGGACCGACGUCCAUGAUUUGGACCUGAAGGUCGAGUAUCAGACUUCGUCCCGGCUCCACGUCAACAUUCGGCCCUCCCACAUUACUUCACAGAACCAGAGCUGGUAUCUUCUGUCGACCGAUUAUGUCCCUGCUGGCAGCCAGGGUACUGGCUCAAUGACCACAAGCGAUUUGACAUUUUCCUGGGCCAACACUCCCGACACGGGAUUUGGAUUUAACGUAACUCGCAAUAGUACUGGAGAUGUCUUGUUUUCGACGACAGGGACAAAACUAGUCUUCGAGAACCAAUUCAUCGAGCUUGUCACACACCAGCAAGAGAACUAUAAUCUUUACGGUUUGGGGGAGGUUAUUCAUGGUUUGAGGCUGGGAAAUAACCUCACUCGAACAAUUUACGCUGCCGACGUUGGUGACCCAAUCGACUCAAACUUAUACGGGAGCCAUCCGUUCUACCUCCAAACCAAGUACUUCGAGGUCGGCAGCGACAACAGUACAACUCUAGUAAUGGAACAGCUCGACACGACUGAAGCUACGAGCAAUUACACCUCCUCCACCCAUGGUGUGUACUUCCGCAAUGCCCACGGAAUGGAAGUCCUCCUGGGAGCCAACAAUGUGACCUGGAGAACUUUGGGCGGCAGCAUCGACUUGUACUUCUUCUCGGGACCGACACAACGGGACGUGACACAUCAAUAUCUGAACGUCAUAGGCAUGCCGAUGCUGCAAAACUAUUGGGGGUUUGGCUUCCACCAGUGCAGAUGGGGUUAUCAAAAUUGGUCUGUCACAGAAGACGUCGUCGACAACUAUGCACGCUUUGGUAUUCCGCUUGAAACAAUCUGGAACGAUAUCGACUACAUGUUUCAAUACAGAGAUUUCGAUAACGACCCAGUCCGCUUCAACUACUCUGACGGAAAAGCCUUCCUCCAACGUCUUCACAGCAGAGGCCAGCAUUAUGUCCCCAUCAUUGACUCUGCCAUCUAUGUUCCCGAUCCAACAAAUGCAAGUGACGCAUACCAGCCGUUCAACGACGGCAAUGCCACUAAUUCAUUCCUCCUCAACCCAGAUGGAUCCCUGUAUAUUGGCGAGGUCUGGCCUGGUUAUACCGUCUUUCCGGACUGGUUCCAAGCAUCCGCGAAAGCAUGGUGGAAGAAUCAGAUGGUCACUUGGCACCAAAAACUUCCCGUCGACGGCGCUUGGAUUGACAUGAGCGAAGUGUCAUCGUUUUGUGUGGGAAGCUGUGGCACUGGCAAUCUUACUCUAAACCCAGUACACCCACCGUUCAAACUCCCCGGCGAGCCCGGCAAUGUUAUCUAUGAUUACCCAGAAGGCUUCAAUUUGAUCAAUGCCACCGAAGCCGCCUCAGCUUCUUCGGCGUCUCAGGCUCAAGCUACUCCAACAACGACAGCCACAGCGACAAGCUCAGCAACAUCAUCUUCAUCGACGACAAGCUACCUGCGCUCGACUCCAACGGCAGGGCAACGCAAUAUCAACUACCCACCGUACGUGAUCAACCACGUCCAAGGAAACCAUGAUCUGGCGGUGCAUGCCGUCUCUCCAAACGCCACGCACCACAACGGCAUCCAAGAAUAUGACGUCCACAAUCUUUUUGGCCACCAAAUCCUCCAAGCAACCUACGCCGCCCUCCUGGCCGCGAUCCCCAACAAGCGACCCUUUGUAAUCGGCCGGUCCACAUUUCCGGGCUCUGGCACCGUGGCGGGCCAUUGGGGCGGUGAUAAUGCUUCGAAAUUUUACUACAUGUACUUUUCGAUCCCCCAAGCUCUCUCGUUCAGCCUGUUUGGCAUCCCGAUGUUUGGUGUCGAUACCUGCGGGUUUAACGGCAAUUCGGAUGAAGAACUCUGUAACCGCUGGAUGCAACUUUCCGCCUUCUUCCCCUUCUAUCGCAAUCACAAUGUCCUCUCUGCGAACUCCCAAGAGGCGUAUGUUUGGGGCAGCGUCAUCGACGCCACCAAGAUUGCCAUGGACGUGCGAUUCCAAUUAUUGCCGUACUUGUACACGUUGUUUUACUAUGCGCAUACACAGGGAGAUACAGUCAUGCGUGCCCUUGCGUGGGAGUUCCCCAAUGAUCCCAGCCUCGCGAACGCAGAUAGGCAGUUCUUCCUGGGCCCGUCUAUCCUCGUCACCCCGGUCCUGACCCAAGGCGCGAUUACCGUAGAUGGCGUGUUCCCAGGCCUCGUCGAAGGCACCGACACCUACUACGACUGGUACAACAAGUCGCCCGUCGCGGUGCCCAGCAGAAAGAACACAACCAUCGACGCACCCCUGGGUCACAUCCCCGUGUUCAUCCGAGGCAGCAGCAUCCUGGCGACGCAGCAGAUGGCCAUGACGACGCGCGACGCCCGAAACACGUCCUGGAGCAUCAUCGUCGCCACGGGCGUGGACGGCACCGCAAGCGGAUCUCUAUACCUGGACGACGGCGAAAGCCUAGUCCCGAAGGCGACGAAGAUGGUCAGCUUGUCGAGCUCGACGUCGCAAAACGGAACACUGAGCCUCAAAGUGAGUGUCUCGGGAUCCUACACCAGCCUCGACCUCGCCUUGGCCAACGUCACCUUCUUGGGCGUGCAGAGCCCGCCUUCCUCGGGAGCCGCCGUCACCAUCAACGGCCGCGCCGUCGCAAACGCGACGUACAAUGCCGCCAGCAAGGUCUUAAGCGUCACUGGCCUGGACAAUGCGCUGGGAGGAAAAGCCUGGGGUGGAAACUGGACGCUGACGGUGUGA